CAUGACAGCAGAUGUCAAGAGAUCAUUGCUGCGGUUUUCAGUUUCGCACGUGUGUUUUUGUGUAUUAUUUGUUGAAUAAAAGAGUAUAAAUGUUAAUAAAAUGGACGCAUACGACAUAUUUAAGAAAUUAACUAAAGGUUUAACUUUUAAACACCGUGUUUUAGGUGUUAAUAACAAUAACACAUUACUUAAACCAGUCAAAAAAGAAGAAAUAGAAAUUAAACAAGAACAGAUAAGCGACAAUGAAGAAGACUCUCAGAGCUUAUCGGAACAUACAGCUUCAGAGUCUGAGGGUCAGUCAGAUCAAGAGGACAAUGACUUGCAGCUGAUAGAUGGAGUGAAAGUGGGAAAGAAGAAGAAGAAAGAGAAGAAGGAAAAGUCUGAGGAUUUGAAGAAAAAACUUUUAUUGGAGGAGCAAAACCGUUUCCGCAACGAGCAUGGUAUUAAAACUGUUGGUCGUCAUGUACCAGCUGCUUUACAAGACUUCUCCGAGUUGAUGAGUCGGUAUAAUGUGUCCCAAGGCCUAGUAGACACUGUGAGGGAGUGUGGUUAUACUGAGCCCACUCCAGUUCAGCGGCAGGCUAUACCUUGUAUGUUGGAGGACCGUCAGAUCCUCGCAUGCGCACCUACCGGGUCUGGAAAGACAGCCGCUUUCCUCGUUCCCAUCCUACACUCCCUAGGUCCCCCUCAGGGAGGGCCCCGAGCCCUCAUCCUCUGCCCUACAAGGGAGCUAGCCCAUCAGAUAUACCGCGAAGCUCUCCGAUUGAGUGCAUCCACAUUACUGCGGUGUAGUGUAGUCAAGAAUAUUAAAGAAUCGAAGGUUAAAGAAAGAGAAGCCACGAUCAGGAAGAGUGAUAUAGUGGUCAGUACACCAAAUCGUCUCUGCUACUUACUCAACCAAGAUACUGUCAACAUUUCUCUAGACAAGGUACGCUGGCUGGUUAUCGACGAGGCAGACAAGUUAUUCGAGGGUUCAGCCGACCAGCAGUCAGACUUCCGGCAGCAGCUGGAGCAGGUGCUGGCGGCGUGCGGCGGGCGGGCGCGCCGCCUCGCCAUGCUCAGCGCCACGCACACGCCCGCCGUCGCCAAGUGGGCCAGGCAUCACAUGCGGGGCGUCAUCAAUGUUACUGUUGGACAGAGGAACGCAGCAACAAAUCUAGUAGAUCAAAAGCUGUUAUUCUGCGGCAACGAAAACGGCAAACUGGUCGCCUUCAGACAACUCGUGCAGGAGGGAUUGAAGCCCCCAGUCUUAGUGUUCGUGCAAAGCAAAGACCGCGCGAAACAAUUAUUCAAAGAAUUGAUUUACGACGGUAUUAACGUGGACGUCAUACAUGCAGACAGGACACAGAUGCAGCGAGACAACGUGGUCCGCAGCUUCCGUGUGGGCCGCAUCUGGGUACUGAUCUGCACGGAGCUGAUGGGCCGGGGUAUCGACUUCCGCGGCGUCAACCUCGUCAUCAACUACGACUUCCCGCCGUCCGCCAUCGCUUAUAUUCAUAGAGUUGGGCGAGCCGGCCGCGCAGGACAAAAAGGUCGCGCGAUAACAUUCUUUACACAAGAUGAUAUUGGCAACCUAAGGAGCAUAGCAUCAGUAAUUAAGCAGUCCGGGUGCGAAGUCCCUGAGUACAUGCUGCAAUUAAAGCAGAACCCGAAUAAGCGCAAGAAACUCAUGAAGAAAGCCCCCAGCAGGGACAAAAUAUCUACUAUAUUGGAAAAGAGGCCUGAUAAAAGAAAAUUAGACGCAGCCAACGCAGUAAUCGCUGAUAAGAGUAAACCUACAGACUCGAUAAAGAAUAGUAAAAAUAAUAAACAAAGAAAAAUAGUGAAUGGAAACACGCAGAACAAGCAUAAAAAAGAAGUAACGGAGAAGGGAAACAAAGUUAAGAAGAGAAAAAAGAAGGCUCUAGGAAAUAAGAACAAGAAAGCUGGAAACUAGAAUAUAGAUUUGUUUAAGUAAA